AUGACUGACGCUGGGCCACGGCAGCCUUCAACAAACGAAACUGGGAUCACACCAUUAGACAGAAGGAAAGAUCUAAUGUCGUUGGAAAAUUCCAAGGUUUCCUCUAUUCGGACAGCUCUAUCUCCUAUCAACGUUACGAACGCUGGUCGUACGCCCCGGCCGAAGCGAAUAUAUCCAACUCCAACAUCAUCUUCUUUGAUAGACGAAACGCUGGAAAAGCCCGCCAACCAUGUCGCUGAGACAGAUCCAACAGACGAGCAUCGCGAAUUUGACUCAAUCAUGGAAAGCGAGGGAUUCAGCAUGGUCUCGCUCAAUACUUUACCCUCAGCCAGACAGCGACUGCGCCAAAUAGUUGAAAACCAGGCCAGCCGUACUAGGACACCAAAAUCCAAUGCAACACCCCGGACAUUGCAGCAAAUUUCCCCGAAACCCACCUCAACGACUGCAUUAUCGCCUAACAUUCCCGUUACCCAGUCAUCUUCUAAACGUCCACAUAGCCAAUUAUACGAAGCUAUCUCGUCUCUCCAACAAUCAUCCCCCAGAGAUAUGACCUCAAGACUUCAUCGCACACCACGGCUCAACAACCCUCGUUCCGUAACUCGACCUCCCCCUGCCCCUGCUGCUGCACCCGAAAUUAUACCCCCAAAAAGGCGGCCCUUGGCUCGAUUAUGUCGCGUAAUACGGGCUGGAAUUGCUCUCCAUGGCCUCCUGGAUCGCAGGCGACAAAGUAGUAACCUCCAAACCCCGUUUUCAAGCCCUAACACGGACUCUGCCGACGAUAUGGCGGCUACACGGAGGAGACUGGACCAUCUGUUCCAAGAUUUCAAUAUGGAGACACGGCGAGAACUGCGAGCAGGGGUCAGGUUUGGAGAAGAGCUUGUAAAAAGACUUCGUCAGCCAAACGGAAAGCGGCGAGAGCUAUCCGUAACGCGGGAAAGCACAAGGCUCCAGGAGAUAACAUCUAUGCGGCCAAGCCAGAACGUGGUUUACCCGGAGUUGGGAGGCACAUCUCAGGGAUUCCAACCAGCGACAGUACCUGCCCCUGAAAAUCGGGAAGAAGAGAUUAAGGAUGAUCCACGCCAGGAGCCUUAUCCAGCAGAGGAAAAUCCCGAAGAUACUUCAAUGGACUCGCUAAUGGCCAGACGUGAAGCUGAAUGGCGGCGUGAAAGAGAAGCUAUCAGCCGUCAGAUAGAAAUGGCUAAUGAGAGCCAAGUCAUUGUUAUUGAUAGCGAUGACGGAUUGAGGCAACCAGUGGCUCGCCCAGGGGUGGUGAACAAUCACAAGGAGAACAAUCCUCAGCAGCGAAAUGAACGAGAUCUGGUUAACAGUCAAGAUGAUACAGAGGAUGAGAAGGAGGAUGAGGUAGAGGAGGUUUACGACGGGGAUGAGACUGACAUUUGGCAGCAAGCGGCUCGUGAACCUGAAGCUCGAAUUGACUCCCCAUCCUUAUCUGAUACUGCACGCAAAGAGUUACCUCAACACCGCAAGCUUGGCUUCCCAAGCCCUCGGGCUGGGACGGAAGAAGAGGCUUAUAGCGCAACGGAUGAUUACGAAAGCGUCGCUCUUCCAGACCUCUCUGCUGGCGGAGACGCUUUUCCCAAAUUGGCUGUUGGCAAGUCGAAGAUGGAUCAGUACAGGGAUACGGAUGCAUCCUUGUCACCAUUGCUCGGGACACCAGACAGCGCCACCAUUCGAUUUUAUGAGGGGAAUUUCAAGCGGUCUAGCGUGGGGAAUUCACAGCAUCACCACUCGCGGGAGAUGUUGGAAAGCCUGCCUCAGCGUAAUAACCGUAAUUUUGACGAGCCGGCAGGGUCACAAAACAGCCACCCCAAAGGGGACCAAGAGAAAUCUAUUCGGGGAGAGGAUGGAGGAAUUAUUGACAAUCCUCUCAAUACCCUACCCGAAGGUCAGUCUAGCAUCACUCCAGUACCACUGCGCAACCAGGACGAGGUAUUACAAGGUACGAAUGUCGUCCAGGAGGAAGCUCUUUCUGAAAGCGAUGUCUAUGUGGAAGUGCACGAAGAAGAAGGUUCGGAAAACGACCCUGCUGAAAGUGACAUCACCAAUCCGUCUAUUCCAGACCCCCCAGAGCAGACAUCCACGGUGACAUGGUUCAACAAAUUGACGAGCAACCUUGCACCAGCAUGGCUAACCAGCACCCCUGCUCCAACAAAAUCUUCGAAACAGAGGCCGACCGUAAGAACUAAGCAAGACGUUGGCUCGAUUUCUAAUUCUGAGAUCGCUGCCCCUGCUACACAGCCUCCUGCCAGGAGUCAGGAUUGGGGUCGUGCGAAAGGCAAAGUUCCUGAUAGGCACUCCUUUGUUAAACCACUCGCGAUUUCAGGAUAUUUUACUGAUGAUCACUAUGUCGAACUUCGCGAAAUUUAUCGAGAAGCGAAGAUGCGACCGGAGAAGUUCAAAUACUAUCCUACCGAUGAACGGGAUGAGAUGGUUGGGCAGUGGAUGUGGUCCGCGGACGGCCAGCACCGUCGCCAGGUCACAGAGAUCCAACUAAUGAUUGUUGAACGAUUUCGCCAGAACUUAAUAGAGGACGAUCUCCGACAUGGAGGAGAUGGAGAGAUGGAAUGGAGUGAAGAAGAUAUCUUGUGGAGAUUAUUCAGUAUUAUUGUUGGAGAGCAGAUACGGAAGCAGAGAAAGGAGCAGCAGCAACGCCUCCAACUGCAUCACUGA